AAGCUUCAGAGGCUGUCAUUGACGGUGUGGCUGUCAAAAUUACAACAUUUGAGCCCACGCGGAAAAUGUCAACAUAUCUACUGGCAUUCAUCGUCAGCGACUUUGUUCCCAUUGAGUCAAACCAAAAUGAUUUGUUGAUUCGAAUCUGGGCUCGGAGAAAAGCAAUAGAUGAUGGGCAGGGGAGCUAUGCUCUCAAUGUUACGGGACCCAUCCUGAGGUUUUAUGAGCAUUAUUACAACACAUCAUAUCCUCUCUCCAAGUCAGAUCAGAUCGCUUUGCCCGACUUCAACGCUGGAGCAAUGGAGAACUGGGGUCUGGUCACAUACAGGGAAACGGCCCUGCUCUAUGACCCCAUCCUUUCCUCCACUGGAAACAAAGAGAGGGUCUCAACCGUGAUUGCCCAAAAGCUAAAGGCACUCAAAAGAUGA